UAAACGCAGUCCCUGAGUUGUAACACCACCCCUCGAUCUUACCACGAUUUUUCAUCUUCCCUUCCUCCUGUGUUGAAAAGCAAUGGCGGAUCAGCUUACCGAUGAUCAGAUCUCCGAAUUCAAGGAAGCUUUUAGCCUAUUCGAUAAGGACGGAGAUGGUUGUAUCACUACUAAGGAGCUUGGAACCGUUAUGAGAUCUCUAGGACAAAAUCCAACAGAAGCUGAGCUUCAGGACAUGAUCAAUGAGGUUGAUGCUGAUGGGAAUGGGACCAUUGAUUUCCCUGAGUUCCUGAAUCUGAUGGCAAGAAAGAUGAAGGACACAGACUCUGAAGAAGAACUCAAGGAGGCUUUCCGGGUGUUUGACAAGGAUCAAAAUGGCUUCAUUUCUGCAGCUGAGCUUCGCCAUGUUAUGACAAAUCUUGGUGAGAAACUGACUGAUGAGGAAGUUGAUGAAAUGAUCCGUGAGGCUGAUGUGGAUGGUGAUGGCCAGAUCAACUAUGAGGAAUUCGUGAAGGUGAUGAUGGCAAAGUGAGAGAACAAGGUUCGAUCUUUAAAAAAAAAAAGAGGUAAGAAUCAAUCUCAGUAGAGAAGUUAACAUGGUGGUUUUUUAAGAUUUGGUAUGAUUCUAUUUGUGCUUAAGAUUCAAUUUGUAUUCUUAUUUUAGAGGUUGUUGGGUGCUUUUGGUUUAUCCUGUUUCAAAUUUAUUUCUAGUCCAACUCUGUCAUUUGCUUGCAUGUUUCCUCAGUGUAUCUUAUUUACUAUUAGUAACUUGAGUUAGUUCUUUCUUA